AUGUCGAAGAUCGUGCGUUCUCUUAAAAAUGUGGCCAACGGCUACUCGUCCACACAAAUUUUGGUCCGAAACGCCACCUCUAACGACCCCUCCGGGCCAACCACGUACGAUAUGGAAGAAAUAGCGGCAGCAACCAACACUUCGCAAACGGAUUUCUUGGAGAUUAUGGAUAUGCUUGACCGUCGGUUGAACGACAAGGGCAAGAACUGGCGUCACGUCGCCAAAUCGUUGACAGUCCUUGAUUACUUGGUCAGAUAUGGCCUGGACAAAUGUGUGUUGUGGUCCAAGGAUAACUUGUACAUUAUUAAGACGUUGCGGGAGUUUGUUCACUUUGAUGACAGUUCGCAGGACCAGGGUGCUUUGAUCCGUGUCAAGGCCAAGGAAUUGGUGGCCUUGUUGCAGGAUGACGAGAGACUUACCCGCGAGCGACAGAAUGCGCGCCAGAGACACCGUGGAGGCAAUUCUUCGUCUGGGACUCCUCAGCGCCGUCGCUCGGAUCCUUACGAUGCGGAGUUGCAGCGCGCGCUAGAGCUUUCUCGCGAAACAGCAGAACAAGAACGUGCCCGCAACCAGCAUGCACAGAAUGCCGAUGAGAAUGAUCCAGAUUUGCAGGCUGCGCUCAAGCUCUCUAUGGAGGAGGAGGAGCUUCGUAAGCUUCGCACUCAACGGAACGAUAAUCUCUUGGACUUGAACGAUUAUGCUCAACCUCAGCAACAGUACUACCAGCGACAACAACAACCAUAUUUCCAGCAGCAAGUUGACCCUACAUUCUAUUACCAACAGCAGCAGCAGCAGCAACAGCAAUAUGAUAUGUUCGGAAACCCUAUCCAGGCUACUGGUUAUUACCAGAACUACGGCCAGUUCGGUCAACCUCAAACGCAGCAAUGGCAACAACCUCAGAUUCCCCAGUAUACUGGAUUUGUGUCAUCUACCGCCACUGCUGCUCCGGCUCCAGCAGAGGAAUUGAAGCCCCUUAAAACUGGCUCCAAUAAUCCAUUCGCAUUACAGCAACAACAACAGCAACAACAACAACCACAACCACAACAACCUUCACUCAAUACGUUGGCCCAGAGUCAAAGCCAAAGCCAGUUCGACACUCAAACGCCAUUCUUCACUCAACCUCACCAAAACCAGGAACUACAACAACCUCAACAACCUCAACAGCCUCAGAAGUCCCGUUUCAACGACAGUCACGAAUUAAACAACCUCUUGGCCUCCGGUACGGGUGUGGAUACCUUCGGAAACACCGGCUCCUCCCGUAUUCCUCAUCAACAUACGGCUAGAGGUAGCUUCGUUGCAUCAGGUGGUGUAGACACAAGAAAUAAUGCUGACGUCAGAUUGAGCUCCAACGCAACUGGAAACCCAUUCUUGAACACUGGUAUCGGUAACACCGCCACGGCAGCUCCUCACAUCAAUGCUGCUCCUACUGGUUAUGGAUUUGGCAACAGUAAAGACGAGCCAAGUUUGAUUGACAUCUAA